AUGGAGCACGAGGUUACUGCUUCCAGUCAUUUAUUGAAUCUUACAGGGGGGCUGAUUAAGAUUGUAACUUUUGAUCAUAGACGAAUAGGAGAUAUAGAUCGUGGAGUUAGCAGCGGUGGAGGGCAGAGUUCGUUGGGUUACUUGUUUGGUAGCGGUGAGGCUCCAAAACCAGCAGUGGGGAAAACACAAACUGUACCGAGUGAGAGUAGUGUUGCUAGUAAAGAACCUUCGCCAAAGCCUAAUGCCGCUCCUAAGCCAGUAGACGUUAGCAAGCAGAUUCCUGCAGGGAUUCAUAGUAGCACCACCAAAAACUACGUCAGAGCAGAUGGUCAGAGUACUUGCAAUUUUAUCACGGAUCGACCAUCAACUAAGGUUCAUGCUGCUCCCGAAGGAGGUUCUUCUUUGGGUUACCUUUUUGGUGGCGGCAGCAGCAGUAACUAAGCAACAGCCAGGGUCCUGCAGCCGGGAUCGCCAAAGUGUGUUUCAAGACAUUUAUUUGUAAAAAUGUGGCAGCAAUAUGGUAUUUUGCGCCUUUGCUGCAAGCCUCGUGGGAUGUUUCUGUUUAAGGUUUUUGGUUAUUUGUUUGUAAAUGUAGUAGCAAAUU